GCAGUAUUUAACCUCAGAAUGAUCUCAAAGUAAAAAGAGUUGCUAAAGCCUGAUUUUGUGGAGGCUGUGCUUCAAAAUUAAAUUAUAAUCUUAAAUCAAGUGAUGAAAGGUUUUAUAAGUCAGUGUUGAGUUCCACCGUAAGGUUAACCCUGUCUGUGUUUAACGUUUCAAAAUGAUUUACAGUUCUUAGGAAUGUAGAGAAGUGCUCAGAAGUAAUGUGUUCCAGUAGUAGAGUAACUAGUGUUGUGUAUGGUGUCUGUGUGUCAGUAGUGUCCGGCUCGCCGUCCGAGCUGUGUCUGGUUCUGGUGGGCAGCAUCAGCUGUGGGAAGACCCUGACAGCGGACACCCUGCUGGGUCAGAGCUCGGCCCCGGGGCCCUCGGCCUCGUCCCGUGUGAGUCAGAUCCGCAGCGGUGUGUCUGAGGGCCGGCGGCUGACGAUCGUGGAGACCCCUCGCUGGUACUGGCGCGGUCAGCAGGUGGAGGACCACAUCCAGGAGGAGACCCUGCGCUUCCUGGGCUCCAGCGCUCCCGGGCCCUUCGUCCUCCUCUUCCUCAUCCCCAUCGGAGAGUUCACAGAGGUGGAGCGGCGCAUCCCGGAUCAGCUGGAGCGCAUGUUCGGGCCGUCGGUGCUGGCUCACACGCUGGUGCUGCUCACCUGUGGAGAAUACCUGAUGGAGCGCGGUGUGGAGCAGUACCUGGGGAAGGAGGCGGGGCUUCAGGAGGUGGUGAGGAGGUGUCAUGGCCGCUGUCAUGUGAUCAGGAACCGCAGACCGGACGACAGACAGCAGGUCCUCGCUCUGCUGGAGAAGGUGGAGCAGAUGAUGCAGAGGAACGGAGGAUUUCACCUGGAGACACACAGGAGAGGAAAACAAACACUCAUCAACACGCUUGAAGAAACAGGAAGUGAUGUAAUGAUUGAGAGACGCCUGACCAACGGGCUUCAGUGUGAGGAAACAGACGGCCGACAUACACCGCUGGAGAAAAGCCUGAGCUUCAAACUCAACAGAGUCCAUCAGAGUUUGAACACGGUUUGGGAUGGCGGUGACCCUCUAGAUUGCUGCUCUGAUCCUCUGGAUGACUCUUCUUUGCCGGAGCUGAGGCUGGUUCUACUGGGUCGCUGUGGUUCUGGGAAGACUGCGGCUGGGAACAUCAUUCUGGGAGGUGAUGAGUUUGAUCUGAUGGUGGACUCUGAGCGGUGUGUGAAGGCCCGAGCGCUGGUGGAGGACACACGGGUGUCAGUGGUGGAUACGCCGGACUGGUUUCUGUCGGAGAGAUCUCCUGAGGAGGUGAGAGCUCAGACCUCCUCAUGUGUGGCCCUGUUGGCCCCGGGCCCUCAUGUGUUCCUGCUCUGUGUCCCUGUGGACCGUCCGGCUCACUCCGAGCUGUUGGCACUGAGUCGACUGGAGGCCACAUUCGGAACGGACGCCAUCCGCCGGCACACGAUGGUCCUGUUCACGCGCUCGGAGCUGCUGCCGGACGCAGCGCAGGUGGAGCAGGUGGAGGAGUACAUCGCCUCCCAGAAGACGGAGAUGCUGGAGCUGGUGCAGAGAUGCGGCGAUCGCUAUCACAUCCUGCAGAGCGGCGGAGCGAAGGAGCUGCUGGAGAAGGUGCAGCAGACGGUGAAGGAGAGCGGAGAAGACUUCUACAGCACCUCGCUCUUCCAGCAGAACCAGAUCCUGACCGUCAGGAGAGACCGAGACCGGCUGAACCCCUCGCGCUCUCUGGACGCUCUGGAGGAGGAAGAGGCGUCCACGGCUCCGGCUCCGGCUCGGCUCCGCUCCGUGUGGCCGACGGCGAGCCGCUGCGCUGGACGUGUGCCGAAGCUGCUGACCGCCGGGGCUCUGACCGGAGCGGUGCUCGGUGUGUUCCUCGCAGGAGCUGUAGGAGGCGCUCUCGGAGCCGUGCUGGGAUCUGUGCUCACCGAGGUCUGCAGACAGACACUCAACAAACACAAAACAGAGUAAGAGACACUGGCAACUGUAAAAUAAUUCCCUCGAUUGUUGUUUCUCGUAUCAUGACCAGUCAUAAGGGUCUUUUUUGUGAAAUUGAGAUGUAUACAUCAUCUGAAAGCUGAAUAAAUCAUCUCUCCAUUGAUGUCUGGUUUGUUCGGAGGACAAUAUCUGUCUGAGAUACAACUAUUUGAAAAUCUGGAAUCUGAGGGAGCAAAAAAAUCUAAAUAUUGAGAAAAUCAUCUUUAAAGUUGUUCAAAUUAAGUUCUUAGCAAUGCAUAUUACUAAACAAACAUG